AUGUCCUUCUCGGAAAGUCUCAUAAACGCUCGCCCUGCUGGGCUCUCACUCUGGCCUGAUUUAUUAAAAACAUUUGCUCUCAUCCGUAUUUUUCCCAUUCGCUCCUUCCUUUUCCUUCGAGUUUUAGAAGAGGAUUCUCUCCCUCUUCUGAGGGUGAAGCCCCUGGCCUGCCCCUUGGUUCCCAUAAGCCAGAGAUCCUGCUUUCGUAACCUCCCACCUGCCCCACCUCCCUCUGGACGCAGUCCCCACCUGUGCCUGCUGGUCGGAGGCCUCCUGAGCCAGGAGCAAACCAGCCUCUCUGAAGACCUUCCAGCUCUCCUGAGCCUUGGAUGGCAACUGUGGAACCAUAUUUACCUCCCGCUUCCUCCCUCUGAGCUUACCUUUAGUCCCCACUCAGGAGUGGCCAAAUCUGAAGGCUUCAUCUUCUGGCUUUUCCUCCAAAGAUACGUGAAGGUCCAAGUGUUUUAG